CCACCUUUUCUGCUGUGCGACGGCGAGCGCCAACGUAACGCUGGCUGUGGUCCACUCCAGCAGCGACGUCAAUGCUCCUGAAGCUCACGUCAACCCGCCGCCUCCCAAUAAACGACGACAACACAUCUGCACCGAUCGCUGCGCCGCAUCUAUUGGCCGCACUCAGCUUCGACCCUUCUAGUUUGCCAGCUGAGGACAAAGAUGAUACGCGAUUUAUAAUGACUACACAACCGGCCGCUUUCCCUCGAAACCAGGGCCCAACGCGGCGCUCGUCGAUAACCUCCAGGCUGUCCUUUGCGGCGUCGCAUGCCUCGCAGGACGGUGAGAUAUUUGAUGCGCCUGUUGCAGAUGUCCUAAUUCGAGACGAAAUCGCAGAAAUUAAGAGAUAUGAGGUGAGUGACUGUCGUUAAACCCCGUGGAGGUGGACAUUCGCUAAUUCGACAACCAGGAUUUCACUACAAUAGAUUGGGUACAAGAUUCUGCGCGCGAACAAGCACGACGAAAGGCACGACGAAAGCGAACGGCUGGGCUCUACUCCCGCGGACAGACUACUUGGCAACACCGAGUGCGUGAAUCCUAUGAUGCUGCUCAAGGCUGGAUUGUUGUUACCAUCAUUGGUGUUGCCAUUGGAAUAAAUGCGGCGUUCCUCAAUAUCGUUACCGAAUGGCUUUCGGACAUCAAGACGGGCCACUGCAAAACAGCAUUCUAUUUGAACGAAAAGUUCUGUUGCUGGGGAGAGGACAAUGGUUGCCCCGACUGGGAGCAUUGGACUGGCUUUAGCCUUAUGAAUUACGUAUUGUACAUCAUUUUUGCGACUAUGUUUGCAUUCACCGCUGCCAUUCUUGUACGAGCAUAUGCACCAUACGCUGCUGGUUCAGGUAUCUCUGAAAUCAAGUGCAUUGUUGCUGGAUUUGUCAUGAAAGGUUUUCUUGGAUUCUGGACCCUCGUCAUCAAGUCCGUCUGCUUGCCCCUGGCCAUUGCUUCUGGACUGUCUGUCGGAAAAGAAGGACCUAGUGUUCAUUACGCUGUUUGCACUGGCAAUGUCAUUUCACGACUCUUUGCCAAGUACAGAAACAAUGCAUCCAAGACGCGUGAGAUUCUGAGCGCUUGUGCCGCUGCUGGCGUUGCCGUCGCCUUUGGUAGCCCUAUUGGAGGCGUUUUGUUCUCGCUAGAAGAAAUUUCGAGUCACUUCCCUCUCAAAACCAUGUGGCGAAGCUACUUCUGUGCGCUCGUCGCCACAGCUGUGCUCGCUGCUAUGAACCCUUUCCGUACGGAACAACUUGUCAUGUUCCAGGUCAGAUAUGACCGAGACUGGCACUUUUUUGAAAUCUUCUUCUAUAUCAUCAUCGGAAUAUUCGGAGGAUUAUACGGCGCCUUUAUGAUGAAGUGGAAUCUUCGCGCCCAGGCGUUCCGAAAGAAGUAUCUCAGCCAAUAUGCAAUCCUCGAGGCGACGCUUUUGGCUGCGGGCACUGCUGUACUAUGCUACCCAAACGUGUUUUUGAGAAUUGACAUGACAGAAAGCAUGGAGAUUCUUUUCUUGGAAUGCGAAGGAGCAGAAGACUAUCAGGGACUCUGUGAAGCGGAUAAACGCUUCAGCAACAUCGUUUCGCUGCUCAUUGCCACUGUCCUGAGAAUGUUUCUCGUCAUCAUUUCGUACGGCUGCAAGGUUCCUGCAGGUAUCUUUGUUCCUUCCAUGGCCAUCGGCGCAUCAUUGGGUCGCUCGGUUGGCAUCAUCGUCCAGGCUAUUCACGAAGCAAACCCGACUAGCUUCUUCUUUGCGGCCUGCAAACCUGAUGAGCCAUGCAUCACGCCAGGUACAUAUGCUUUUUUGGGUGCCGCGGCAGCUCUUAGUGGUAUCAUGCAUAUUACCGUCUCGGUUGUGGUGAUUAUGUUUGAACUUACUGGUGCUUUGACCUAUAUUCUUCCUACCAUGAUUGUCGUUGGAGUCACCAAGGCUGUCGGCGAGCUAUUUGGCAAAGGCGGUAUUGCCGACCGUAUGAUUUGGUUUAACGGCUUUCCAUUUCUUGACAACAAAGAGGAGCAUAAUUUUGGCGUGCCCGUAUCGCAGGUUAUGAGAACUUCCAUCGUCUCUCUGCCAAUUAAUGGGUUGACGCUACAAGAAGUCGAGGAACUGCUUGACGAAGACAAUUACCAGGGAUUUCCCAUUGUUACCGAUGUUCAGACAAAGACACUCGUUGGAUAUAUUGGGCGAACGGAGCUGAAAUAUGCCAUUGAGCGUGUGCGCAGAGAGCGUGCCAUCAGUCCGGCAGCGAAAUGCGUCUUCGCACCACCACCUACAGCCAACUCCGUCACGCCUAUCACACCAACUGUAACAAUCAGUGUUGAUUCAUCGUCCUCCACCCUUCUCGACUUUAGCCGAUAUAUUGACGCAACUCCAGUGACUGCCCAUCCCCGCCUACCGUUGGAGACAGUCAUGGAACUCUUCAGAAAGAUUGGCCCUCGCGUUAUUCUCAUUGAAUACCACGGUAAACUGACUGGUCUCGUAACAGUCAAAGACUGCCUACGUUAUCAGUUCAAAGUAGAAAAGACCGACACUCCAAGAGAGAAUCAACGUGUUGUCGACAGCCAGGAGCAAUUAUGGUCUAUCUUCCGGAGAGCAGGCUUCUGGGUGUCAGACCAAGUCAUGACUGCAUCGGGAGGCCGAAUUCGUCUUAGUAGUCAGUUUGAAAAUGAUAGUUUCCGUGCGAGGAACGCAAAUAUUAUGGACGGAGAUGAGGAUGUUGGUGAUGAAGGACUGGAGUUGGACACCCGCCGCGAAUAGAUGUGUUAAUAUUCAUGUAUGCUUGUGCUAAUCAAAUUUUUGUAUAUUAGGCAGGUCUUGUUGGCAGUUUAAUUAUGAUGACUACAUUAAAGCUCAGCCUCAUUGCUAAGAUCAACCAAGUCCUCAUCUUCCUCUUCGGCAUCACCACCAUCGGCAUCGGCGUCAACAUCAUCUGUAGGAAUAGUGCCAUAUGAAGCUUCAUUCGCGGGGGCUUCUUCACCAUCAUUCUUUCGGCCGGCAAUUACGUUGCCAACAAUAAGUAACGACGCACCAGCCCACCACAGAGAAGGUAACUUUUCCGAAAAGAUGAGCAUUCCCAGCAUGGCGGUAAUGAUAAAGUUGGUUGAUGUAUUGAUGAUGGAAACCUGGGUGGCGGAGGUACCUCGUGCGAGAGCGGUUGUAAAGAGUGUCCACAU